AUUCCGCACAGCUUGCGAUUCCCGAACGAGCCUUUCCGUUUUGCAGCUCUCUCCCUCUCUCUCUCUCUCUCGCUCUCCUUCUCCCCUUCCUCUUACCUCUCCCUCUCUUCCUCCUCGCGGGGAGGUGAAGCCCUAAUUUCUAGGAACGAAGAGAAGAAGAGAAGAGGAGGAGGAAGAGGUCUUCGGAUUUGAAUGAGCUCCUUGAUCUCCUCUCUCGACGCGUAAUCUCUCUCAUCUCAUAUCCCCCAAUCGAAGCUGAUAGCCCCAUAUUCCGAUCAUGGCUGCUUCAAUCGCUGCCUCAGCCUUCUUCCCCAGCUCAUCGUCCUCAGCCACAUCUGCAAAAGCUUCAAAGAAUGCCAUCGGCGAUGGCCCUGAAAAUUUGGACGUCCGUGGCAUCGUGGCCAAACCCAACAACUCGCUUUCGGCGGCCAUGCAGGUUAAGGCCCAGGCCCAGACCAUUCCGAAGAUUAAUGGCACGCAAGUAAGCCUUAAAACAGGAAGCCAGAAGUGCGAGGAAGAAGCCGCUUCUUCAGCCCCGAGAACAUUCUACAACCAGCUUCCGGACUGGAGCAUGCUCCUUGCAGCCAUCACCACCAUUUUCUUGGCGGCUGAGAAGCAGUGGACGCUUCUGGAUUGGAGGCCGAAGCGGCCUGACAUGCUCGCUGAUGCAUUCAGCUUUGGGAGGAUUGUCCAGGAUGGUCUUGUUUUCAGACAGAAUUUUCCUAUUAGGUCGUACGAGAUCGGGGCCGAUCAAACGGCUUCUAUAGAGACGUUAAUGAAUCAUUUGCAGGAAACGGCACUCAACCAUGUGAGAAGCGCCGGACUCCUGGGAGACGGUUUUGGUGCUACACCAGAGAUGAGUAAAAGAAACUUGAUCUGGGUUGUCACUAAAAUGCAGGUCCUAGUUGAACGCUAUCCAUCCUGGGGAGAUAUUGUUAAUGUAGAGACAUGGGUUGGUCCGUCUGGAAAAAAUGGGAUGUUCCGAGAUUGGCAUGUUCGGGACUUCAACUCAGGCCAAACAAUCUUGAGAGCUACGAGCGUGUGGGUGAUGAUGAACAAGCUGACGAGGAGACUUUCGAAAAUGCCAGAAGAGGUUAGGGCUGAAAUAGGGCCAUAUUUUAUGGAGCGCUCUGCUAUCUUGGAGGAAGAUAGUGCAAAACUGCCAAAGCUUGGACAAAAGCGUGAUACUAAUGAUGCUGCACGUUAUGUUCAAAAGGGCUUGACUCCUCGAUGGGGUGAUCUGGAUGUUAAUCAGCACGUGAACAAUGUCAAAUAUAUUGGCUGGAUUCUUGAGAGUGCCCCAAUAUCGAUCUUGGAAAAACACGAGCUCGCCGGCAUGACCUUGGAAUACAGGAGGGAAUGCGGACGAGACUCUGUACUGCAGUCCCUGACCACCGUCUCCUCCGUUGAGUGCGCCGAGAAUUUUCCGGAAGUUUCUAUUCAGUGCGAGCAUCUGCUUCAGUUGGAGUCUGGUGAGGACAUUGUGAAGGCGCGGACUGUGUGGCGGCCGAAACGGCCCUUCAGCGAUGGAAACAUGGGCUCUAUUUCAGCUGAGAGUGCAUAAAAACUAUCUAUAGAGAGAGAGAGAGAGAGAGAGAGAGAGAGAGAGAGAGAUUGCUUCAUUCUGUUCUCAAUUCGCCGCGGAAUGGGAUGGUUGAGAGAGGGAAGUACUCUUGUCUAUGUUCUGUAAGUACCAAGUUUGUCUUUGUAGAGAGAAGAGGGGAGGAGAGGAGGGACCAUAUUGCUGGUGUGCUGGUUUUCUCUUCUUUUAUUUUUUUUUGUUCUUCCUUUUUUUUUUUUCCUAAUUUCUUUUCUUUUUCCCUCGUUUCCGUGCCCUGAUAUUAUGUUCUUGGGAUUCAACCUAGAUACCUGAUAUGUGUAUAAGUAUUUAACUGGUGCUGAUGCCUAAAUUUUGUUUCCAUAUAUUUUGGCAUGGAACUGUUUA